GCUGUGCGAAAAAGAAGACCACCAGGAAAGCGUGAAAAAUGGCGUCCCGAACGUUUGGACAAAAACCGGCUUCAUUCGCGUUGGAGGAUGGCGGGGAGAAGUACAUGAUAGGCUCGGAGGUUGGUAACUACCUGCGGAUGUUCCGGGGAUCGCUCUACAAGAAGUAUCCAUCGCUAUGGAGACGACUGGCCACCAUUGAUGAGAGAAAAAGAAUCGCAGAAGUUCUCACCCAAGCCCAACUUGAACAGGGAGCCAAAGUAGGCGUAGGUGACUCUGGUCACACCAGCCUGGCGACGAACAUCACCCUACUGAGAGCUCUGGAGGUUGAGGACAUCCUGGAGGGGAACGAUGAGAAGUACAAGGCCGUGUCACUCAACACUGAGCCCAUACAGAUCAAAGAUUCCAAGCCGAAGCGGAGUAACUGGGUGCCGGCCCUGCCCAACAGUUCUCACCACCUGGACGCUGUGCCCUGCUCAACUCCAGUCAACAGACACAGGAUCGCCACCAAGAAGAUACGAACCUUCCCUCUGGUGUUUGAUGACCAUGAUCCGUCGAUCAUCCAUGAGAACGCGGCCCAGCCUGAGGUGCUGAUCCCCAUCAGACUGGACAUGGAGAUAGACGGGCACAAACUCAGGGACACCUUCACAUGGAACAAGAACGAACAAAUCAUCACCCCAGAGCAGUUUGCAGAGAUCCUGUGUGAUGACUUGGAGCUGCCGUCUCUGUCCUUUGUCCCUGCCAUAGCUCAGGCCAUCAAGACUCAGAUAGAAGCUUACCCUACAGAUAACAUCCUGGAGGAACAGAUGGACCAAAGAGUCAUUCUGAAGUUGAACAUCCAUGUUGGGAACAUCUCUCUAGUGGACCAGUUUGAGUGGGACAUGUCAGAGAAGGACAACAGUCCGGAAACCUUCGCGCUGAAGCUCUGCACGGAGCUGGGUCUUGGCGGGGAGUUUGUCACGGCCAUUGCGUACAGCAUCCGAGGACAGCUCAGCUGGCACCAGAGAACAUACGCUUUCAGUGAGGCGCCGCUGCCGACAGUAGAAAUUGCUGUGCGGAACCAGGGAGAAGCAGACCAGUGGUGCCCGUUCCUUGAGACUCUGACAGACGCAGAGAUGGAGAAGAAGAUACGUGACCAAGACAGAAACACGAGGAGAAUGAGAAGACUUGCUAAUACAGCACCAUCCUGGUAGGGACACAACUGAGCUGGUAGGGUGGGAGGGAAAAAGAAGAGAAGACAGCAUAUUUGGAGCUACUCUGAGGGACCACUUUGAAGUACAUACUUGUACCAUGUAUCAAUCAUGGAACAGUUGUUACUGUUAAUAUA